GUGGCUUACGGAUACUCUGAGGUGGAAAAAAUUGGUAGUCCCUGGUUAGCUGUAGAAGCCCUGGUGGUGCUGGUGUUUUUAGCUAUCAAUUUGUACUACACUGGAUAUAAUUCCAAACUCAGGACAUGUGAACUAAUUGAUCAUGCCAGACAGGCGCUGGACAAAUUAAAAGUUUGUAUCCGCACUUGUACCUGGACGCCGUCUAACUACCUCUUGCUGCAGUGUCCACUAUCCCCUUCAGUGUCUGUACAGUGGACAUACAGGGACAAUGAGGUCAUUAACCUGCCAACUACCCUGCUGAUAGAGGGCGACAUCAUCAUAAUGAGACCAGGGCAGAAAGCACCUGCUAGGUGCAGAUGCUUGCUGGCAGAGGUGGAUAACCAGACUCAGGAGGAGUUGAGUGGGGGUGAAAUGUUUGCCCCAGAGGUUGACAGUCAGAGAGAACACACAGAUCAGCCUUGCUACCAGAAACCAUUGAAAUCUAAACCUUACGUCCUACUGGAGACACCUUUUGUGAAAAAUCUCAGGACAAUACUAGAGAAAGGUGGCAAUCGUCCUGUCAGUAUUAUAGAUAAUGAGCAAUAUGCACUGGGGACCUUGUGUGUGCUGAGGAUUCUACUGCCUACAGUAUUUCUUAUCCUCCUUAUUACAAAUAUUCUGAGGAUUGUAUUGUUGGAGGAAAGUGCUGGGCAUUGGACAGAAAUGGUCAUUGUCUUACAGGUCCAUGCCACGUGGCCAUUUCUCCCAGUGUUGUUCCCCCUCCUGUGGUACAUGCUGAACCUGCUGGGACACGCCAGAAUAUUGGCAGUCUUUGAUGAAGGCAAGGGGCAGCAGUAUGAGUAUUCAGAUUUAGAUCGCUUCAGUGUUGAAACAAACAUCUCUGAGGAUGAGAUAGUGGUCCACUAUGAAUGGAGACAGGUUUGGAGGCACUUCUUGGAGCUGCUGAAGGGACCCAGCAUUUCCUUACCCAGAACAGCAAAUAGUGUACAUGCCCUAGGAAAUAUCAAUUCCCUGUGUUGUAUAGACAAGAAGGGUAUCCUAUCCUGGCCAAACCCCACAGCUGAGAAAGUGUUCUUCUUUUCAAGUGGAACACAGUGCAAGCAUGCAGGGAAGAAGGGUAAGGUGGAGGCAGAACUGGAAAAGGCUCAGAAAGAUGCUGCAGAAGAAGAGGAAGAGAACGUGGACCAGGCCCUUACUCCUGACUAUCAUAUAGAAGUUUUAGACCUCACACAUGAUGCUAAGGAUGCAUUUGGGCUCCAGUUUGAUGACCCAGCCUGGAAGAAAUAUCUGAAUUCAUUGAAACCACUGGGUUUGAAUAUACUGUUGAAUACGUGCAAUAAAUCCACCGUGAAUGCGUACCAGACUUUCACAGACCACAUAGGGGUGGCAGCACUUAAAAAUGAGGACACUGUGGCAGUAGUUAACAGAAGGUGUCUGUGUGAGUUAGCACGACAGAUAGGGUUUACACACAAGGCAAUGGAGAUAUUUCAAAAACAGUUGGAGUUUGGGAUGUACAAGCAUGUGCCACUGGAAGUGAGAGCAAAAGAAAAGUUGCAAAGAAAUAAAAGUUUAGUUAUUCACAAGAUUCCUAUGCCUAAUAUGAUGUCUGUUGUUGUUCAAGAAACCAAAACAGGAGCCACCCAGCUGAUGUCCCAGGGCACGGCUGAUAUCCUGCUGGAGUCCUGCACAGAGUUCUGGGAUGGUCAAGAUAUCUGCCCUCUCACUGAUACCGACAGGAAGAAGAUUCUUGAUUUCUACAACCGUACCAGCAUGGCAUCCUAUUGCACUGCUUUCUCAUAUCGCCCAAUCACACAUCACAUCAGUGACAGCAUGGGGUGCCUGUUUAUAGAGCUCCCUGAAGACUGCAGCCACCUUUACCCUCUGGCUAGAAGUCCUACACCCACAAGGUCAUGGGACGUGGAGUCAUUGGACAGCCGUCUGCUGAAAGGCACCCAUCUCUCCAUCAGUGUGGACUCCCUGUACAGUGAGUCUAGCUCAGCCUCCAUUAAAGAUGCUGUGGAUCUCUUCAAGGCUCAGUGCAAUCAGAUUUUUAUUGGAAUGGUCACCAUGCAGUACCAGGCCAGACUGGAUGUUGUAAAAUUAAUUGAAAAUCUGGAAACAGCAUGCAUCAGAUUUGUGCAUUUUUCAGAGGAAAAUGAAUUGAGAAGUAGAGUGUUCUCAGAGAAGAUGGGAUUGGAGGCUGGGUGGAACUGUCAUAUCUCUCUCCUCAGUGGUGACUACACAGAAAGCACCAGCCAGCCAGACUCCAAUACCAGCAACCAGUCACACAGGACAUCAAAGAUCUCUAGUCACGUCUCUGUAGACACUCUGAACAGAAGUUCACGGUCACGAGACAAAUCACGCCGCCACAGUGCACCCUCACUGAUACACAUAGAAGACCCACAGGUGCGGUUCUCAAUGCAGCCAUCUGAGGAAAACUGCAACAGUAUUAGAUCAGACGAUACAGUGCAGACUGUAGUUGUCAAUCAAGUCAUCCACCAAUCAGGACAGUCGUCUCAGGCAGUUAACCAAUCAGUCCAAAUGUCUCAAAGUGAUGAACUAGAUGGAGCAGUGUGCAACAUUGAUGGAGUAGAGGUUGAAGAGGUGAAAAUUCAGGAGACACCAAGAUCCCAUUUUACCUCAGAUGAAACUCCAUACACCAACUUCUCCUCUAAUGUCAGUCCAGAGGGAUAUUUUCAGCCAGACAUCCAUAUAGCCUACCAGUCAGAUUUGUCGCCAGCAGAGGAACAGGAGAUGGUGGAAAUAGCAGCACACUAUGGCAGUCACAGGACAUCUAACACUGAUGAUACUAUGUCUGGGGGGUUUGAUAUGUCUAACAGGGCCAAGCUUCCCAAGGGAAUAGAGAACAUCCGGCCCCACUUAGAGCAUGUAGACAAUGUGCCUUUGCUGGUGUCACUGUUCACUGACUGUACCAAGGGAACCACCAGAGAGAUGAUCCAGAUAAUGCAGGAAUAUGGGGAGGUGGUUUGCUGUAUAGGGAGCACUGCUUGUAUACAGAAUACAGCUUCUUUUAUCCAAGCUGAUGCAAGUAUUGGCCUAGAGCCUCAGUACCCACAGCUGUGUAUGAAGCAGUCUGUGAUGACUGAGCCAUGGGAGGAAGAAGAACUCUCUCCAAUGGAUAUCAACAGGCUGCUGAACAGUCUGGGUUGUUCUUUGGUGUUCUUUAGGUCUGACAAUAUCAGCCUCACACAGCUUAUUGCAGAGGCCAGACACCACUGUGUAGCAAUGAGGAACUCUUUCCUCUGCCUCCUGUCCUAUCAUCUGUCCAUAUCUCUCAUCCAGCUCUUGGCAGCCAUAUUUCUCCUGCCUCCAGUGCUAGCCAGCCGUCACCUUCUGUGGCUCCUCCUAGUGGUGGCCCCUAGCCUCAGUUUAGUACACUUUGGAAACCCAUUAGACCCGCACAUCAUGACCCUGGCCUCGGGCAAGAAUGAAGACUACUUGACCAAAGAUGUGAUUGUCCAGUACAUCGUAUAUUUUAUUCUAAGAUUUGUCCCAUCUUUGCUGAUAAUAUUGUUAUGCUUUGGAUUCUCCUUGUAUGGACUGUGUGUUAAGAACACUGGCAUGGCUGAGGCUUGUCAUGCCUGUUUUGGAAAUAUGCAAUAUAGCACCCCUGGUGAUUGGCGUGGCUGGUCCACACAAUAUCACAGUGGCUUAGUGUUGGCACAGAAUAUUCUACUAAGUCAAUUCGUACUUUACACAGUUUUGAGCUCGGUCAGUUCAGUGCACAGAUAUUACCAUCUGUGGAGGAGAGCUCCCUUCACCAACAAACUCUGGUGUGUUGUAGCUCCUGCCACGUAA